CGGCCGUUCAAAGGUUCAUGCACUUGCUCUCAUUUCUCCUUCGCUUCAUGCUCAUCUGCUCAUUUCUCUCGCAUUUCCUUCGAAUUUCGUGACUGAUUUUGUUGUGUUUGAAUGUCGGUUGUGAAUGGGAACGGUUCAGGGGGGGAAUGGAGUCAAAACCAAGACUACGGCCUCUCGACCUGGGAUGUCCUGGCCGUGGUCCUCUAUUUCGCUCUCGUCCUCGGCGUGGGUCUCAUGUCCAUGUUCCGACACAACAGGGGGACUGUGAGUGGGUACUUCCUGGCCGGCAGGUACAUGUUUUGGCUACCGGUGGGAGCGUCCCUGUUUGCGAGCAACAUCGGGAGCGAGCACUUCAUCGGUCUGGCAGGCUCCGGAGCAGCCUCCGGCAUCGGCGUCGGUGCCUUCGAAUUCAACGUCUGCACUCUUCCCGAGUACAUGAACAAGAGGUUCGGGGGACAGAGGAUCCGAGUCUACCUGGCGUGUCUCUCGCUACUUCUCUACAUUUUCACCAAGAUAUCUGUGAACUUGUACAGUGGAGCCCUGUUCAUCGAAGUGGGAUUGGGUUGGGACCUCUACUCGUCCGUGCUGGCCCUUCUCCUAUUCACAGGGUUCUUCACCUUCUUUGGCGGCCUAGCUGCUGUCAUCUACACAGACACCCUCCAGUUCUUCAUCAUGAUUAUUGGAGCCCUCAUUGUCAUGGGGAAAAGUUUCUACAUGGUUGGGGGUUAUGAGCAACUGGUGAAGAAGUACAUGGAGGCUAUUCCAAGUGAACAUAACUUGACAGAGUAUAAGAAUACAUCUUGUGGCCUUCCCAGGGAGGAUUCCUUUGUUAUGCUUCGACACCCCAUCUCUGGGGACAUUCCUUGGCCUGCUUUCAUCCUUGGACAGACCCCAGCCUCCAUCUGGUAUUGGUGUGCUGACCAGAUGAUGGUACAGCGGGUGUUGUCAGCCAAGAGUCUAUCACAUGCACAGGGAGGGACCCUUUUCGCUGGCUACUUCAAGAUCCUGCCUCUCUUCCUGAUGGUCCUUCCUGGCAUGAUCUCUAGGGUCUUCUAUACUGAUGACAUUGCAUGUAUCAGCCCUGAGAAAUGCCAAGCUUACUGUGGAAACCCAGUCUCUUGCACCAAUAUGGCAUACCCUCGACUCAUCUUGGAAAUCAUGCCUCCUGGGAUGAGAGGAGUCAUGAUGGCUGUGAUGCUUGCAGCGUUGAUGUCAGAUCUCACAUCCAUUUUCAAUAGUGCUUCAACACUCUUUGCAAUGGACAUUUGGAAGAUUUAUAGACCUCGUGCCAAAAAUACUGAAACUGUCUGGGGAGCGUUUUGGGGUCUGAUGGUGGGUUUCUGCAUGGGUGCCACCCGUAUGGUACUUGACUCCCUGUACCGAGAACCAGCUUGCUACGAAGAAGACACCAGACCCCUAAUUGUCUCCAAGGUGCAUUACAUGUACUUCGCCAUGAUACUGUUCUGGUCAACCAUCAUUGUGGCUAUUGUUGUGAGCCUUCUCACUGAUCCACUCGAAUCUCACAGGGUUGUGAGAACUGUUUACGUGCAUCGAUUUGACAAAGAAAGGAGACCAGAUGAUGGGGAGAGACCUGAGCACAUUCCAGAAGAAGAAUUCCACAUAACAGAGUUGCAGAACACAGCAGAAAGACAGGAUGAGCUUGAUUCUAAAGUGGAGAAGGAGCCGAGAGCAGCAUGGAAGAAACUUGCCAAACGCCUUUAUAACUGGUUUAUGGGUUUUGAGGAAGGUGUUUCAGCCAGGCAUCACCUGGAGGAGCUGGAGGCUCACCUUCAGAAAAUCACUUCCUUGCAUCAGACAUUCUUUGAGAAAGUCAUUCUCAAUGCGAAUCUCAUACUCAUUUCAGGUGUCUGCAUAGGACUCUUCAUCUAUUUCUCCAUCGACCCAGUGGCUCAAAGUGCAAAAGUUCAUCUAUGAUGCAGACAUUGGCCAUCAGAUGGCCAUUGCCAUUUUUAUGUAUCUGGCCAAAAUUAGCAAAUGUUUAGGGACCAGUUAGCUCAGUGAAACAGGUUUUUUGGAUCAACUUUUAUUUUCUGAUUUCAGGGACAGAUGUAUUAAACUGUGAUGGAUUCGUUUGACAUGCUAAAAGUCUAGAGGCAUUUGAAAAAUUGUUUCGGGUGAAGAAUUACUUUUGAUGUUAGACACAAUCUCAUUGUUGAGGACAGGCCACGAUCUACCACAUGAUGGUCAUUCAAAAUAAUUAUCACUCUGGUUGGUUCACUCUCAUUGGGUGAAAUCAUCCUUUCUCUUCAUAGCUUUUCCACAGGAUCCUCAGUUUGACUGGCCUAG